UGUUGAUUGUGGGGUUUCGGUGUGAUGUUGUUUGGUUGGCUGCAUGAGUUAUUUCAUUGCUAUAUCUGAAUCAGCUGUUCUUAGGUAUAUCUGGCGUAGCUUAAGGUAACUGGGAGAGAUGCAGCCCCAGCCACAGAGGUACAUGCCUCCACAGCCCGGCUACGGUCCGCCGCAGGGAUACCCACAAACGCCUGGCGGUAUGCGGCCACCGGGGCCACCACGUCCUCCGAUGCCGGGAGGACCGCCGGGAGGCCUCCCCGGAGGACCGGGAGGACCCCCCGGGGGCCUGACUGCCGGCGUCGCCGCCAUGAACAUCGGAUCUCCGCUGAUGUCAGCGUCGGCGGGCGCCGGUCUCAAGUCGCCGCAGGGUCCCCCGGGCCCACCCGGUGGGCCCCGCACGCCGCUGGGCCCGCCGCGGCCCCCCGGCCCCCCGGGCGCGGCCCACAACGGGCUCCACUCGUCACCGAUGCCGCCGGCGCCAGGAGCCGGCCCUCAGUCUAACGGCGCUCCGUCGCCGGGCGGCCCCAGCCUCCAGCAGCGGUACCCCACCGCCAGCCUGCCGGGCGGCACACCUCGCGCCCCGGUCGGCCCGGGCGCGUCCCCACAGCCGCCCACCCGACCGCCGCUGCCCGGUCAGCCGGGGGUACCGGCGUCAGCCGCCCCGGGACCAAUGCCGCCGAAUAUGGGAGGUCCCGGAAUGAGGCCUCCUAUGACGCCCGGAGCGCCACACUCUCCAAUGCCGGGGAUGCCGCCUUCUUCGGCACCAGGAAUGGCGCCAACAGGACCCGGAAUGCACCAUUCGCCAAUGCCCGGAAUGCCGCCUUCGUCAGCGCCGGGGAUGCCGCCCUCUUCGGUGCCCGGAAUGCCCCAUUCCCCGAUGCCAGGAAUGCCUCCGUCUUCAGUUCCGGGAAUGCCGCCUUCGACCAUGUCCGGAAUGCCGCAUUCCCCGAUGCCAGGAAUGCCUCCUAUGCCCGGAAUGCCUCCAUCGUCAAUGGGUGGAAUGCCUCCUCAUUCCCCGAUGCCGGGAAUGGCUCCGCCGCCGACUUCCAGCGCUUCGCCGUAUGGAGGCGCUCCUCCGAUGCCGGGAGGUCCUCCGAUGCCUGGAGGCCCUCCGAUGCAGGGUGGACCUCCAAUGGCUGGCGGCCCUCCAAUGCCCGGAGGUCCUCCGAUGCCGGGCGCCGGAUACCCACCAAGGCCCGGAAUGGGUCAUCCUCAGCCCGGAAUGGCGCCCGGAAUGGCGCCCGGAGGUCAGAUGGCCGGACCGAGGAAACUGGACCCCGAUCAAAUGCCCUCUCCGAUCCAGGUAAUGGCUGACGAUCAGGCCAACCGCUCGGGUCAGUUUGUGACCAACCUGAAGGGUCAGGUGCCUCCGCUGACUACCACACAGUUCACCGUACUGGACCAGGGUAACGCCUCGCCGAGACUGAUCAGGAGCAGUGUGUACAACGUGCCGGUCAGCCCGGACAUGCUCAAACAGACCAACAUCCCUCUGGCGCUGAGUAUCGCCCCUCUGGCCGAGCUACCGGACGGCGAACAGCCCCCUCCAGUGGUGGACCUCGGUACUCUGGGACCCGUCCGCUGUAUACGCUGUAAGGCCUAUAUGGGACCCUUCAUGACGUUCAUCGAUGGGGGCAGGAGGUUCAGCUGUCCGUUCUGCAAGGCCAGCACCGAAGUGCCCCAGGAGUAUUUCCAGCACCUCGACCACACUGGACAGAGACUUGACAAGUACGAGCGGCCCGAGCUCUGCAUGGGAGCGUACGAGUACGUCUGCACCAAGGAGUACUGCAGGAACAACGAGUUCCCGAAGCCGCCGGCGUACAUAUUCGUCAUCGACGUGUCGUACAACAACGUCAAGUCGGGCCUGCUCCACCUGCUCUGUAACAACGUGAAGGAGGUGUUGCGUCAGCUACCUAUUGACGUCGGACAGUCUGCCUCGUCCAUGAAGGUCGGAUUCAUCACAUACAGCAAUGUGGUCCACUUCUUCAACUGCAAGCCGGUGCUGGCCCAGCCUCAGAUGCUGGUGGUCGGAGACGUGCAGGAUAUGUUCGUACCCCUGGUGGACGGUCUGCUGGUGGACGCUGCUGAGGCUGAGGCCGUGAUAGACAGUCUCAUGGAGCAGCUGCCGGCACUGUUUGUCAACACGAGGGAGACAGAGGUGGUCCUCGGACCGGCAAUUCAGGCUGGCAUGGAGGCUCUGAAGGCCGCCAACUGCUCUGGGCGUCUGUUCGUAUUCCACUCCUCCCUGCCGAGCGGUCAGGCGCCGGGCCAGCUGAAGAACAGGGACGACAGGAAGGUGCUCGGAUCCGACAAGGAGAAACACGUCCUCACUCCCCAGACGCAGUUCUACAACAACCUGGGACAGGAGUGUGUCCAGGUGGGCUGCAGCGUGAGCCUCUUCCUGGUGAACAACUCGUACGUCGACCUGCCCACCAUCGGGCAGGUGGUGCGACUCACCGGCGGCGAGAUCUUCAAAUACACCUACUUCCAGGCUGAGCUGGACGGAGACCGCCUGCUGCGUGACCUCAGCCGGGCCGUUAGCCAGCCGGUCGGUUUUGACGCCAUUAUGCGGGUUCGAACCUCGACCGGAGUGCGGCCGGUGGACUUUCACGGACAUUUCUACAUGUCGAAUACGACCGAUAUGGAGCUAGCGGCCAUCGAUAGCAGUCAGGCUGUAACGGUGGAGCUCAAACACGACGACAAACUGACAGAGGAGGACGGCGUCUACAUCCAGGCCGCACUGCUGUACACUGCCUGCAGCGGCCAGAGGCGUCUGAGGGUGCUGAACCUCAGCCUGAAUGUCUGCAGUCAGAUGGCCGACCUGUACAGGAGCUGUGAGCUGGACACGAUGACCAACCUCAUGGUCAAACAGGCGGUGUCCAAGGUUCUGGACUCGUCGCCCCGCGCCAUUCGGGACCAGCUCACGGCCCAGUGUGCCCAGAUACUGGCGAGCUACCGCAAAAACUGUGCCUCGCCCAGCUCUGCCGGUCAGCUGAUUCUACCCGAGUGUAUGAAACUGCUGCCCCUCUACGCCAACUGCAUCCUGAGGUCGGACGCCGUGUCGGGAGGUCCGGAGCUGACGAUCGACGAGCGCUCCUUCCACAUGUUCCUGAGUACCUCGCUACCCGUCCGUCGCUCGGUGGCUUACCUCUACCCGCGCCUCCUUCCCCUGGAUACCCUGGAUGUGUCUGAACCUGCCGACGUUCUGCCGUCGCCCGUACGAAGCAGUCAGGACAAGCUGCACGAUCAGGGGCUCUUCCUGUUGGAGAACGGAGUCCAUAUGUUCCUGUGGAUUGGACUCCAGCUGGGACCGGAGGCGGUCCAGGAUCUGUUCGGGGUGCAGUCAGUGGCACAGAUUGAUGUGGACCGUCCCAGCCUGCCUAACCUGGAUACGCCUCUGAGUAUCCGGGUACGGGGAGUGAUCGACGAGGUGCGACGACAGCGGCAGAGCCACAUGAAGCUGACGGUGGUACGCCAGCGGGACAAGCUGGAGGUGGUGUUCCGACACUUCCUGGUGGAGGAUAAGGGCUCCGACGGCUCGGCGUCCUAUGUGGACUACCUGUGCCACCUUCACAAGGAGAUCCGCGCACUGCUGACGUAGGUGGGCCCACUGAGCGCUAUAGGUGGCGCUGCCUGUCGAUAUAGGUGGCGCUGCCUGUCGAUAUAGAUGGCGCUAUCUGUCGAUAUAGGUGGCGCUAUCUGUUGGCAUAGGUGGCGCUGCCUGUCGGUAUAGGUGGCGCCACCUGUUACGGCAGCCAUCAGCCUGUCCUCUGCUGUACCGCAAGAAGCAGACUGGUAUCGUGAUGAAGUGAGAAGAUGCAAUCGAGAAAAUGCGACGGAAAGUUGCCUUGGGAGUGAGUGCCGGUGUUCUGUCUUGGGGUUCAUGCUGAAAAGAGAAGCGUACUGAAGACCGAAAGACUGGCGGCGCUACUUGACUGCCGUUGGCGUCUUUGGCAGCAAUGGCAAUGGACUGCAGAAAGCCAGGGUGUCUCCCGAACAGAGGUGGGGGUUUCGUGUGGACGUGAAGUAAUGUGGCAAAACAUGAAAACAAUCUAAAAUCUGCUGCCAUGUUCGCCUUGGUAGCUUAUAAGCGAAGACAUUCUGGUGAUCUUUGAAAUGUGGGCGAUGAUCUUUUACGACGUCCUUCUUUCCCAAUCCUAAAUGGUGUGCGAUAUUCCAAUACGAUGAAUCUAUCCGACAAAAGUGAUCGAGUGUGGUGUUGAAUAUUCCUGGCGUUUUGCUGGCCGGAUGAACCUUCGGGGACACAGAGCUACGUCUCUUCAGUCGCCAACCAGCUGUUUCGUCUACCAACGUGACCAUACCCGUGGCGAAACACGUGCGGGCAACACGUGGCGCCACACACGUACGUGCGCCACGGAUUCCAUAGUUUCCGUACCCGCUGUGGAAACUGCGAGUGUGUGAGUUUUCGCGACGGAGCGCCCGCCAAUCGGUGAACAAGGAACUUCUACCGAGCCUGUCUGCCUAUCCGUGCGCGUGAGCCACGCGUCAGUUCGUUUGAAUGCGUGUGCGUGCUGGUAUGUAUGCGUAACGGCGCAGUCCAGCGUCGUUCAUUGGUGGUCAAAUGCCGAAUAAGGGUAGCGGGGAUCAUAUAUUUUACUAUGUUAGUCGGCGUGCGGUACCGCAACGCCGAAAGCCGCGAAAUGAUCUUUGAUUGCGGUACGUGCGGUAAGAGAAACGACACUAUCUAUCUGCGGAUUUCUGCGCGAGAAAUCGCAGAUUUGAAAGCCGCGCGACAGCUUGGAGCUACAUGCGGCCGAUGUGAGAGAAUGUGUGGGUUCAGACUGUGACUGACCAUUGACUGAGACUGGAGACUGGGGCAGGAAUGAGACUUGCUGUCUGGUGACGGGGGACUGAAGACUGAGCACUGAUAUGCCAGACUGAGCCGGAAACGCUGGCUAGGACUGAAUUCCGAGCUAAGGAUAUAAACAGACUGAAAACCGAGACUGAAACGGAACUGGAAUUGAGAAAGCUGAUGCUCGACGAUCUUCCCGAUGGACUUCCAGUCCAAUUUACUGAUUGAGUUUGUGGCUGAGUUACUGGCGAACUGACAGAGUUAGUGAUGGAUUUUCUAACGGCUACUGACUGAAUGACUGACGAACAACUGACAGAGUGACAGACUCGCUGACCUAAUGAGUUACUGACGCAGUGACUGACGGGAUUACUGACGGAGUUACUGACACUAUUACUGACUGAGCUACUGACUGAGUUACUGACCGAGUUAGCGUCUGAGUGUCCCGGGAGGAGUUGUUACACCGUCGGGCGGCUGAGUUCGGAUUUUAUUUGGAGUCUCGCUCCUUCCGCGGGGCGCCACUUCCAAGGCUGUUUUUGUAAAUAAAAAUCUAUCGGUCAAA